CUCGGUUUCUCCCGACUUCUCAGAUACAGUACGCCACGCACCGACACCAACCACUGCACCAAUCCCACCUAAAGAAUCGCAAUGGCUGCCGUCGGAGUCGAGAUCAAGCACCCGGACGCCGCGCCGGAGGAGACGUGCUCCGCCAAGGCCUCCAAGCAAGGCGAGGGACUGAGGCAGUACUACCUCCAGCACAUCCACGAGCUUCAGCUCCAGGUCCGCCAGAAGACUCACAACCUCAAUCGACUCGAAGCUCAGCGCAACGAGCUCAAUUCCCGAGUGAGAAUGCUCAGGGAAGAACUGCAGCUGCUUCAGGAGCCCGGAUCGUAUGUUGGUGAAGUUGUUAAAGUAAUGGGAAAGAACAAGGUUUUGGUUAAGGUUCAUCCAGAAGGGAAAUAUGUCGUUGAUAUUGAUAAAAACAUUGAUAUCACAAAGAUCACGCCAUCAACAAGGGUUGCUCUCCGUAAUGACAGCUACGUGCUGCACUUGGUCUUGCCAAGCAAAGUUGAUCCUUUGGUCAACCUUAUGAAAGUUGAAAAAGUUCCUGAUUCUACGUAUGAUAUGAUUGGUGGUCUGGAUCAGCAAAUCAAAGAAAUAAAGGAGGUCAUUGAGCUUCCAAUUAAGCAUCCUGAACUGUUCGAGAGUCUUGGUAUAGCUCAGCCAAAGGGUGUGCUGCUUUAUGGACCACCUGGCACUGGGAAAACACUUUUGGCUAGGGCUGUGGCCCAUCACACUGACUGUACAUUCAUCAGGGUUUCUGGUUCGGAGCUGGUCCAGAAGUACAUUGGGGAAGGAUCUAGAAUGGUCAGAGAACUUUUUGUAAUGGCCAGGGAACAUGCGCCAUCUAUCAUUUUUAUGGAUGAAAUUGACAGUAUCGGAUCUGCUCGUAUGGAAUCUGGUAGUGGCAAUGGGGACAGUGAAGUGCAGCGGACUAUGCUUGAGCUUCUCAACCAGCUUGAUGGGUUUGAGGCAUCAAACAAGAUCAAGGUUUUAAUGGCUACAAAUCGUAUUGAUAUUCUGGAUCAAGCUCUCCUUAGGCCUGGACGAAUUGACAGGAAGAUUGAGUUUCCAAAUCCUAGUGAAGAGUCUCGUUGGGACAUCUUGAAAAUUCAUUCAAGAAGAAUGAAUUUGAUGCGUGGAAUUGACCUGAAGAAGAUUGCAGAGAAGAUGAAUGGUGCAUCUGGUGCAGAACUGAAGGCCGUUUGUACAGAAGCUGGAAUGUUUGCAUUGAGGGAGAGAAGGGUUCACGUAACGCAAGAAGACUUUGAGAUGGCAGUGGCCAAGGUAAUGAAGAAGGAGAACGAGAAGAACAUGUCGUUGCGCAAGUUGUGGAAGUAAAUUACGUUAUCAUGGUGUUGUUUGAGCAAUGUAGGCAUGAAAGACGAUGUUUAUGAGGAUAUACAUGCAGACAUGGGCAUCUUGCCUGGCUUCUACUUGCGUACAUUUUACUGCCUGGUGGAGGGUUUAAACCAUGAGGUUUUUACUAGCGAACUCUCAAGUGUGUGCCUCUUAUGUCAAAAUUACUUACUCUUCAAUUCCAAAUUAUUUUUAUGCUUC